UGCUGAAGCUGAAACCUCCAACAUGUCGGCUGUGUUCCCCAUGUGUUUGCGGACGACUAGGGGCCUCCUGAGGCUCAGGAACCGGGCAGAAGGUGCCUCUUCCCCGGCUGUGCUGGACCUGGUCCGGACCCUCUCAACGGACAAGCCUCCAGCCGGGAAUAGCAGUGCUACGGGCGGAUUGGCUCAGGCUAUUUUACAAACGAAGCUCCAGCACCAGAAUCAGGGCCAGCCUGGUGAGGGGGAGAAGGAGGGAGAACAGAAGCAAGAGAAGAAGCAGAAUGACAACACGGCCUACGCUAAGAAGAUAGUUCUUAGACUGGCGGCCUUAAUGGGGGUCGGAGGAGCCGUGGGCAUGAUCUACCUGUUCG